AUGUCUGCAAAACUUGCCGGCGAGAAGUAUACCGUGUCAAAGGAAGCGUUCCGGGAUCUAGCUUCCUCCCUGGGCUUCCAGGUGCAAGCUCGAGAUGAAGCAGACUACCUCGAUCUCCUGCGGGCUGCCAUCGCCGACGUAGAGACGGUCCAAGCGAUGCCACCGUACCACCACCCUCUCAUCCGAACGGCGAGCAGCGCAGGUGAACGGACCAGCAUGCGCCCAUCUUCGUCCGAGAAUCCAUUGAACGGAUGGAGCCACAGGACCGUCAUCAGACCUUCUGCGGAAGGGCUCUUAUCCGGCAAGACGAUAGCGAUCAAGGACAAUGUGUCCGUCGCGGGACUGCCCAUGACGGGCGGCACACAGCCCUUCCAUCUGUCCAAGGAUAUUCCAUACCCGAUUUCCAGCUUCGACGCCCCGGUCGUCACCCGUGUGCUCGAAGCUGGAGGGACGAUCACGGGCACGUCGACAUGCGAGAACUAUUGCAUGUCUGCGUUGAGCUUCAGCAGUGCCACUGGGCCUGUUGAUAACCCCUGGCUGAAGGGCUAUGAGUGCGGCGGUAGUAGCUCUGGGAGCGCAGCGCUGGUUGCGGUCAAAUGUGUGGACAAGCAGAAGGAGAAGCAGAACGGAGGCAUGGUUGUUGAUGAAGACCUGGGAGAAGGUGUCGAUCUCGCUAUAGGAGGCGAUCAAGGAGGCAGUAUUCGCAUGCCAGCAGCGUACAGUGGAAUCUAUGGUCUGAAGCCAACACAUGGCUUAGUCCCUUAUACGGGACUCGCAGCUUUGCAUCCGAUGAUUGACCACUGUGGGCCGAUGGCCGGUUCUGUGCGGGACACUGCGCUGCUACUCACGGUCUUGGCUGGCUGGGACGGCCUCGAUCCGCGGAUGACUCCUGAGACCCCUCUGCGGCAAAGUGUACCUGCCUACCACGAGUUACUCGACGAGGCCAUCGAGUCGCUCAAAGCAGCCGGGAGCUGGACCGCGACGGCAGCCGCCAGCGGCUUGCGUAUCGGCAUUGUCAAAGAGGCCUGGUCUGCUCCUCAGCUCAGCGAUGAAGUGGCCACCGUCGUCAAGCAGGCGGGCCAGCGCUUCGCUGCUCUCGGCGGAACAGUCGAGGAGGUAAGUGUGCCGAUGCAUACAAUGGCGGCCUCGAUAUUCACGGCGGUGACACGGCCCGAUAUGGCAGACGUGUUCAUCCACAACACGCCUCCAGAUUGCCUGAGCUGGCCUAUGGCGGAUCUCGCACCUCCCAAGCCAGAUGGGAAGUGGUACGACACCAUGAAUCGGUCGGCGCCCAUGGUCGUGAACAAGCUCCUCAGUAGUACAUUCAUCACACGCAACAGCGACAACUUCCCGCCUGCCGCAAGGGGCAAGGCAGUCACGCAUGUACACGAGCUGAGAGCUGCGUAUGAUGCGGUGCUAGCGGACUUUGACGUGCUCAUUACUCCGUGCAACCCGACGGUUGGGAUGAAACAUCCCAGUCCUGAUCUAAGCGUCGUACAGAAGUAUGAGCUCGCGCUGGGCAACACGUGGAACACUUCUCCGUUCAAUCUCACUGGUCAUCCCGGUCUGGUCAUCCCCGUAGGCUGGGGCAAGACCGAAGACGGACAGGGCAGACUGCCAAUUGGGAUGCAAAUGAUCGGAAGGCGGUGGAAUGAGCAGAUGCUAUUCCUCGCCGCCGCGGCUUGGGAAGUCGGCGGGCUGGGGCUGGAUAGCUAA